AUGUCCAACUACUCAUACGGCUCGGACCAAGUGUCCCGCGGACAGCACCAGCAGGGCACCGCCGGCUCUAGCGGUGACAGCGGCACCAGUGGCAGUGGAGGCAACUCGUACGGCUCAGUAUUCUACAGCGCAUCGGCGUCGUAUUCCAUGUCUAGCUCUACUUCGUCCUCGACCGGUGGCAGCAGCAACUCGAACCACGCCCAGCGGUACAGCGAGACCAUGACGAGCAACGACCGCGACGGGACCAACAUCCGGCGCGUGGCCGAGGAGACGGGCAGGCCCACACUCAGCGAGGAGACGUAUAUCCCGCCGCAGCGGGGGUCCGUGGCCGGGUCUAACUCCUCGACAGGCGGUGGAGGUAGAAUCGAGGAUGUCACUGAUCGUGACGGUGACGGCGACAAUGACGACGAACAGGCCGCGAGGGAUCGAGAGUACGAGGAGAGGAUCGAGGAGGAGUAUGCCAAGCGCGAAGGCGGUGCUUGA